ACUUCACUGACAACGGGAAAUCAUCAGAGUUAUUGCGGCGUUGAAAAGUGGUGCACAGAACGCUAACGAAGCGUUGUUAAGUUUUUUAGUUUUUCUGUAAACUAAUCGAAACUCGGAAGAUGAAGAUCCUGGGCGGUGUCGUCUGUAUCCUGCUGGCCUGUACCCUGGCCGGUGCAGAUGCUCAGGUGGAAAAAGGUCUUACGGCCCAACCUCGCGAUAAUGCGCUGAAUGAACUGGUUAUUCAGUUUUUGGAAAACUUCCGAAAAUCGAUGGUCUGCGGUAACCCUGAUCUUGGCAUACCAGUACUGGCACCAUUCGAGCUGGAACACACCGAGAUCGAGAUCAAGCAGAAGGGACUUGAAUUCAAGGGAGAGCUAAACAAAGUGGUCGUCGACGGAUUGAACGAGUUCGAAAUCAAACACAUCGACAUCAAGGUACUGAAGUUGCAGCUCGACUUUGAGCUAUACUUCGGUGCAAUUCGUACUAAGGGAAAGUAUAAGGCAAAGGGCAAGCUAAUCAGUCUGUUCCCCUUCAAUCGUUUCGGUUCAUUCCGUUUUGAUGCGAAAGGCCUUACGGUGAAGGGAAGUGCAAAGGUGGGCAUCAGUGGUGACAAGCUGCAGUUACGCGAUUUGAUCAUUACACCCACGAUCAAAUCAGUACGAUCGGACGUGAAAAACGUUUUCAUCAAUCCGAUCACUAACUUCACCUUCAAUCGUAUUGUCGAGGCCAUCAUACCGGGCAUGAUCAAUAACAACCAGCAGGAGAUUACGCAGAUGAUUGAGGAAAAGCUGAAGCCGGCGAUCAAUGAAAUGUUGGGUGACAUUUCGCUUCAGGAUCUGAUCGACAUGAUUUCUGGUGAGGGUGGUUCAGGACCUGUGACCUGUUAGAGGCCACAAUGUCCACUGUGUCGUUACAGGUUGAGAACUAAAUCGUAUCGAUUAAGUUAGGUGUAAUCCGCUAAGAAGUUUAAGUGAAUUCCUGAUUGUGUUUACUAUUCAAGUUUCCAAUUCGUAAAGGCUGUGGAUCAAUUAGAUCUAAACAUGUAAUUGAUUGUAUGUAACUUUAAAUUGAAAAUACAAAAGAAUGUUAUUUACGCUCUA